UCUAGGCACACUUUCUCAAAAUCUGGCUAUCAGAUGUUUCAAGUAAUGAGGUUUGCUGUUGAGGAGAUUAAAAACUCAACCACCCUGCUGCCCAACGUCUCUCUGGGUUAUGAAGUUUUUGAUUAUUGUUCUGACACUAAGAAUUUCCCUUCAGUCUUCAGUUUUAUCUCAAAGAACGGCUCAAUAAAACCUCAGGAAAAACUUAGAAGUCAUCAGACUAAAGUCAUUGCUCUAACAGGACCAUAUGAAAGCACAAGAACUAUGACUAUUGCACCACUGAUCACAAUGGACCUUAUACCACUGGUAAAUUAUGGAGCUACCAGCUAUACAUUAAGUAAUAAACUUCAGUAUCCAUCUUUUAUACGAACAGUCCCUAGCAACAAAGACUUAAUCCAGAUGAUUAUUCACAUCAUCCAGUGGUUUGGAUGGAACUGGGUUGCUUUUCUUGGAGGCCCAGACAAUUACAGUGAAGAUGGUCUAAGACUGUUUUACAAGUACACUAGCAAUACUGGCAUUUGUUUGGCCUAUCAGGAGACUAUUGGCCAAAGUGCAAACUACAGUCUAACUCUUGAAAAGAUUAAUAAACUCAACAUCAAUGUCAUCGUGGUUUUUGCUUUUCCAAUAUAUGCAAAAAACAUAGUGAGAGCUGCCAUAGCAAACAACAUCCGAGGUAAAGUUUGGAUUGCAAGUGAAACAUGGUCCAUGAAUCAGCAGCUUCAAAAAGAGCCGGGAAUUGAGAAAAUUGGGACAAUUAUUGGCAUUACAGAGAGAUUGGUGUCAUUGCCGGGAUUUAAUGAAUUCAUUUCUAAAACCAAAGGAACAACUGAGGUUUAUCCUAAUGAUAACAUUGAGAGUGAAAUCCACACAAAGACAUGUAAUCAAGAUUGUGACAACUGCUCAUUGGUCACCGCAGAGGAAAUAAUAAAUGAAGAUUCCACAUUCUCCUUUGCCAUCUACGCUGCCAUAUACACCAUAGCUCACGCAUUACAUAAAGUUCUGCACUGCAACAUGAACCAAUGCAGCAAAAAUACAACAGUCAAGCCAUACAUGCUUCUAGGAGAAAUAAAGAAGUUGGACUUCCCACUCCAUGGUCUUCAGGUGAAAUAUGUUAAUGGUGAUCCAACCAUUCAUUAUGCAGUUGUACUCUGGAACACUGAAACAAAUCCUCACCCAAUACAAGCCUGGUCUUAAUAGCAAUAGAUGGUGGGCACUUAUGAUACAUUUCCAGAAUUUCUGUUUACCAUCAAUAACUCUCUAAUGCCCUGGCGUAACAAUACUUUAGUUCCUUUCUCAAACUGCUCUGUUGUGUGUAAGGAGGGUUAUUCAAAGGAACAUACAGGAUAUCAUGAUUGCUGCUUUCUGUGUAAAAAAUGCCCACAAAACAGCUAUGUGAAUUAUUCUCUCAACACGCCACAGAAUGGGUCAGCCUUGCUAAGGAUGAGCUUUCAGGAGAUGGCUCAGCUAUUUUCAGAAGAGGAUGCAUUGCCUGGAGAACCGAUGUUUAAACAUCCAUUCCGCCACUCAGAUGAGCUGUCUGUUGCAGCUUCUGGAGAGUUUGGUAUGGAUGAGGAUUUAAUGCCAUCAGAACCUGGGACAUCUCAGAAUCAGGGGAUUUGGCCUCUCAAGUUUGACAGAGGUUCUCAACCCCCGAAAACAGAGGGAUUGCCAAUAUUUCCAGACUUUGUGUCAGAGUUGCAUUCUUCAUGGUUAACUCCCAGUUCUACUGCUCUCCCAAGGACACAGCUAGGUAACCUAGCAGGAGCAGCAGCCUACAGGCUUGCUACAGCUCCUCAAAUUGGACCCACAUUUUCUAUACUGGCAGGUGCAACUGCAAGGGCAGUCUAUCUAGAAAAUUUGGCAGGUGAGGAGACCCCAGAGGCUUUGCAGGUGGUGGACAUGCUAAUACGAGGGACAAGUGCACUUGUCCAGGCUCUAGGUCAGUCCAUGGCUAGUAUGGUUCAGGCUCGCCGACAGGUGUGGAUGUCCCAGGCUAAUCUUUUGGACCAGGACUACAUGGCUGUAUCUGCAGCUCCAAUAAUAGCUGGGGAGGUUUUUGGGGCCCUUUCAGAGGCGGCUCUGGAGCAGUACCCUCCACGGACCUUCACCAAGUGUAUGGAUGCUGCCCUUAUUCCUCUUCUGUGCCAGGGCAUACGAAUAGCCAAUUACCCAGAUGACUGGUUAAUUUGCUCCCCUACAGAACAGCAGGCCAGGCAGAACACAGAGCUGGAUCUGGCCCACUUACAGAACUUAGGGAUUUGA